AUGUCAUCUAUUGAGAAUAUUUUGACUAUUAAGGCGGUUCUCAGAAUUUUUGAACUUGUCUCGGGUCUUAAAGUGAACUUUUCCAAGAGUUAUUUGUUAGGCAUGAAUAUGGAUGUAUUCGAGGUUUUUCUUGCUCUUAUCAUGGGUAUAACUAGACGUGAUAAGGUGGAUUCUUGGGUUUGGAAAAGUGACUCGACUAAGGAGUUUUCAGUUAGUUUGACUUAUGGUAGCCUGAUACAUCUGGCAGGGGUCAGGGAAGACAUGCCUGAGAGGGUGGUGAGGGGAUUUUCUAGGGUUUGGAAGAGUUGGACUCCAUCUAAAGUUGUGGUGUUCUCUUGA